UGUUUUGCUGUCUACAAUCGAUAUAAUAUUAUCAAAGUCAAAGAUAUCCAAACGAUAUUUGUCUUCGCUACAUAUUGCAGUAAUUACGAACAAAUAUAAAGUAUGGUCAUAACAAAAGAAGUAGAUCUUCCCGAAUUUACAGCUUUAAAUGUUCAAGAAGUUGAUUUAUCAACAGCCACGCUUAUGUCUGCUGGACCCUACCUCGGCAAGGACUGUGAAGGCAUCAACAACGAAUUUAUGCUGUGCCGGUAUGAAUCCAACGACCCCAGGGCUUGUUUGGAUCUUGGCAAAAAAGUGACCUCUUGCACGAUGCAAUUUUUCAAAAAAGUCAAAAGUAAAUGUCAACAUGAGUUCAAUCAAUAUGCUCAUUGUAUCGAUAAAAGCUCCGGAAACUAUUCGUUCGCUAAUUGUCGCAAGACACAGGCGGUGUUUGACAGGUGCAUGGAGGAAAAGUUGGAUAUGCAGAGACCUCACUUUGGAUACUUUUGCCGUGCCCGUGUGCACGAUAGUAAAAGCUUGCCGCCAGCACCGCGUGAAUCCUGUCCCUGCCACUCGCAGGUACCUGACCCUACUCCAUCUUUGCCAGAUUGUAAACCUCGCACAGCGGCUCGCUUUACUAGCCGUUUCUAUUGGAUGACAGAGUAGACUUCAAUUUUCAUUCGUACAUCUUUGAAUACUUGUUUUCCGUUCAAUUAAAUAACUAAAUGUCCAUAACAUUUAGUUGAGUACACACACAAUUAUGGAAUUGUAAAGCUGUACUGUUUUCCCCGAAAAAUUUAAUGUGAUAAAAAAAUUGUUAAAAAGAUUAAAAAAUAGUGGAUUCAAUAAUAAAAUGUAUGCGAUUAUAAUCAAGAAUAAUACGUCUUUAAUGAAGAAAUUGCCAGCAACCGCAGAACCAAUCUGUUUGGACGUUGCAAGAAAGACUAUAAAAUGCAGAUUUAAUAUUAUUUAUGCAUAGUCUUAAACGGAAUCGCAAUCUUAAUUUAUGUAUGAUGUAAAUGUAACGUUGAAAUUACCAAAUGUUUACCGAUGAACUUUUACGUUUUGUAUUUCGUAAACCCUUGCACUUGAAAGAGCUUGAUGUUACAUGAUAACCCAGAUAUUUCAGGAACGAAAAAAUGUCGCCAUUCCAUACAAGGUAAUAAGUUGUUGCGUAUACGUAAUUGGCUCUCGACUCCAAAGACACCGGUAGGUAUCAGGAAAACAUAUAAAUGAAUUGGAAAGUUGCUGUAGUUCCAACUUAAAUAAUUAUGAUGUAAUAAGAAUGUGCAGUGCUUUUAAUGUAAUAUUUUGUGGUACGCGUUGGUUUUGGUAUUAAUAUGUUGGUGUUAUUAAAAUCUUUA